AAUGAUUUCUCCAAGACUUUAAAGUUCUAGUUUCACCCCAAUCAAUACAUCGAAUGUCUUUACAUCAACCAUUAAUGAGGAUGCUUAGAAUACUAGUUUCUCAUCAUAUCAUGUGACUCCCAGAUAAGGAGCUACUCCUCGAUAAUUGUCUCGAAUUUAAGAAAAUAAUGAAAAUGAGGACUCUAAAAUAACAGACACUGAUCCUGAAACUUAUAGAGAAGUAAUUAAAGAGUUAUCAACCUAACUUUAAAUGGCUAUAUUAGAAAAUAGAUAAUUGAAAGAUAAAAUUAAUGUUUUAGAAGAAGAACAUCAUGAAAGUUUUUAAAUAAUCAAUAACUAAAAUCAUAUGCUUUAAGACAGCAAUUUUACAUUAUAGGAGAAGAUUAACAAUUUGUUUUCAGAAAUAUAGUAAAUGCAACUUUAAUUGGAAUAGAAAGAUUAAAAGUUGAAGGAUAUUAGAGAGAAUAACUUAUAUUAAAAUCAAUCAUCUGAAAAAAUGACUCAUUUAAUAGAUGAAAAUUAGAAAUUAAUCAAAAUUAUUGAAACCCAAUAAUAAGAAAUUAAUGACCAAAAAGAUGUUAUAAAACAGUUUGAAAAAGCCUUUUAAGAUACAAAAGGUAAAGUAGAAUUAGAUUUUAAUGAAAAAUUAAAUAAUAAAUGUAAGGAAAUUGAUUAAUUCAAACAUGAAAUCGAAGGAUUACAUUAAUAAUUGUUAUAAUACAAAGAAUAGAUAAUGCUUUGGAGUUAAAGAUACUAAUCUUUGGAUCAAAAUUAUUAAAUAUAAUACUAGGAUUUAUUUUAAAAGUUCAACAUUAGUUAAAAUUAACUGACUGAACUAUAAAAUGUUUAUUAAGUGUUUUCAGAUAAUAGCUAAAGGAAAAUUUAAUAACUGGUUUAAGAAUUAGAUAAUGCAAAAGUGGGUACUUUUAAAAAACAACAAAACUUAAAAGUUCAAGCUUUAGAGGAUAGAAUUGAUGAAUUGGAAGAGCAAUUGUAGAUUAAAAAGAAUUAAAUUUUUAAGCUAAAAGAAGAAUUAAUGGAAUAUUAAAACAUUUAAAAUUUGACGAAAUAAAGAGAUUCAGAUUAAGUAGCAGACAAGAGAAGUAUAAAAUUUAUUAAUUUUUUAGUUGUUGAAGAUUAAAUAUUAGAAAAAUAUGAAUAAAGAAUACGUUAAUUAGAAGAUAAACUUGUUUAAUAGGAAUAGCAAAUUAAUGUUACCUAAUAACAUCAACAAUAGUAAUAAUAUUAAAGCUUACCAUAAUAAUAAAUGGCUUUCGUUUAAUAAUAAUAGUAAUAAUAAUAAUAAUAAUAAUAAUAAUAAUAAUAAUAAUAAUUAUAAUUAUAAUUAUAUGAAAAUAGUUAUUAUGCAAGAACAAAAGAAAAUAAAAAGUUGUAAUUGUUUUCUGAAAGAAAGGAUAAUGUAAGAAUGUAUUAUAGUUUUGCAAAAGAGAAUUAAUAGAUUGAAAAUAAAUAUCCUAGAACAGCUUUAAAUUAUGGAAAUAAUUAUUGA